AUUUUUAUAGAAUAAUAUUUAAAUGUUACAUUUGGGUUUAAAAUGCUUACAGUAUACGCAAAGUAGCAAUACUCGAUUACUCGAUGUAUAUUUACUACUAAAUCGUGCUUAUUACAUUCGUUGAUAAAGAAAUCAGAGAGGUAUUAUUACAGGCGCCGAGAUACCUUAGACAGCUACCCCACCGUACGGCCCUGUCGUGAAAAGCAAGAGCUGCGCGCGCAGAUCCCGCAAGCGUACGUAGACAUGGACGAAGUGGGAACGAGGCAAGAGUGGGAAAGAAAUAGUCGGUGGUCUCGUGUAGCUGCGCGCGCGCGCGUGUGUGUGUGUGUGUGUGUGUGUGUCGAGUACCUUGCGUAUCACGGCAUACGGCGUGCACACUUUCGAGAUACGUUCGUGUUUACACGAAAAUAAGUUCACUUGUAUCGCGCGCGCACGAGAGCGUGUGUAAAAACGAUACCCGCGCCUCGUCUUCGUUCACUACCGGAUAGGUAGCUACGAUAGAAAAACACGGAAAGUAGAAAGGGCCGCAGAGAGGAGGGCCCGUAUCAAACCGGCGGCAUAACGCGUAAUCGAGGAUUUUUGGAAUCGGUAUCUCGUCGAAGCGAACUUUACGGAACGAACUGUACAACGACGAGGUGAAACGCGAGUGUGUGUCCGUCUGUCUGUCUGUCUGCCUGCCUGUACUUUAUAGAAGUGAGGCGGGACGGAGGGGGCGUGGUGAGGUGUGGUGAGGGGCUGUACGGUGAGGUGCGGGGUGCGGUGAGGUAAGGUGAGCGGCGAACGGAGCCGAAAGAGAGCGAAUAGAGUAAAGUGACCGAGCGCAACUUCGGUGAGAGGACGCGCCGUCGUUUACGGACCAAUUGAAACAAGACGUGAGGCGUUAUUGCCGGGUUUGUGAUUAAACAGUGAAAGAACUCGACAAAAAGAAAAGGAGAACAAAAUACGGCAAAGUGAGCUAUCGUACCGGGGGGCGGGAGAGAAAGAAGAGCGCAAAGUCUGCAAACGAUGACGACGCGCGUUCGUUCCGCGGUCAUGCGUCCGCAAUUCGCCGAGCCAUGAUGCGGAAUACUGUAUCUAGUUAAUCUAGUAUAGGCUGCUGGCCGCGGCUGUGGCACGACGUGUUCGUGACGUGUGUGCGACCGAAAGUUAAAACGAUCUCGUUUCUUUACUUUGUCGCUUCUUUUACGUUGAACGAGUGCGCGCGCGCGCGCGCGUGUUGUGCGUGUGUUUGUUUGUGUACGCGCGCGUGUGUGUGUAUGUGUGUGUGUGCGCGCGCGAACGUUUUUCUACAUCGUUCCUUCGGAGACCGAGAGAAACAAAAAGAAAAAAUAAAAUAAAAAAAGAACAAAAAACAAAAAAGUCGACGGGUACGUUUGGGUUCUUCCUUGUUCACCGUUCCCGUGCGGGAUUCGCGGUGGUGUCGGACAUUGCUGGCUGGGACGAUACGGUGGUUCUGUUUACACUGGAAAAAUUGACAGUCUUCGAGGAUGUACGCGAAGGGGAAGGGGGCCACGGUACCCUCGGACAGUCAAGCGAGAGAAAAAUUAGCCUUGUACGUGUACGAGUAUUUAUUGCAUAUUGGCGCACAAAAAGCAGCACAGACAUUCUUAUCAGAGAUACGAUGGGAAAAGAAUAUCACUCUCGGGGAACCACCUGGAUUUUUACACUCUUGGUGGUGUGUAUUCUGGGAUCUAUAUUCUGCAGCACCAGAGCGACGAGAUUCUUGCGAACACAGCAGCGAGGCCAAAGCUUUCCAUGACUAUGGCUUUGUGAACAGCGGUUAUGGAGUCAAUGGCAUUGCUCAUAAUGCUGGUCCGGCGCCUUCUCCCAUAGGACAAAUGCCACCAAACGAUGGCAUGCCUGGUGGUCCAAUGCCCUCUGCAUUCUUUCCAAACAACUCGACAAUGCGACCAUCUCCGCCCACACACCCCUCAUCACAGCCAUCCCCCCAGCACCCCCAGCCACCCCCGCCCCCACACUCGCAGAUGAUGUCCACUCAGUUCAUGGGUCCGCGAUACCCUCCUGGACCAAGACCUGGAGUACGUAUGCCACAAAUGGGAAAUGAUUUCAAUGGGCCACCGGGACAACCAAUGAUGCCAAAUAGUAUGGAUCCCACUAGGCAAGGCGAAGCUGGAGAAUUUGUAGGGUGGCAAGCUCCUCCAGGCAUGAAUCCUAUGAACCCAAGGAUGAAUCCUCCAAGAGGACCUGGAAUGGGUCCGAUGGGACCAGGAAGUUACGGCCCUGGAAUAAGAGGACCACCUCCUAACAGUAGUUUAGGUCCAGGAGGUCCAGGAGGUCCUGGAAUGCCACCGAUGAGUAUGGCUGGACCAGGCGGUAGACAACAAUGGCAACCUAACACAUCCACGCCAAUGAAUUAUUCGUCAUCAUCACCAGGUAAUUAUGGAGGACCACCGGGAUCAACGGGUCCUCCAGGCCCAGGAACACCAAUUAUGCCCAGUCCGCAAGAUAGUAGUAAUAGCGGUGGCGAAAAUAUGUACACCAUGAUGAAACCUGUACCUGGAGGAAAUAUGCCUGGUGACUUUCCGAUGAGUGGCGGACCAGAGGGUGGUCCAAUGGGCCCAAUGGGACCGAACACAAUGGGUCCUGUUUUAAAUGGUGAUGGUCUUGACGGAAUGAAAAACAGUCCAGCUAACGGUGGCCCUGGAACACCACGAGAAGACAGUGGAAGUGGAAUGGGUGACUAUAAUCUGGGUGGUUUUGGAGGUCCUGGAGAAAAUUUUUUUUAAAAAGUCAAGUCGCCUUGGAGUCCAGCCUCGAGAUUCGUAGAUGCCGUUAAUUUCCCGGUUAAUCACGCAAUGUGGAAAGGAUCAUACGCAAAACGCUGCGUUUUACAAUGCGCACGGUACGAUCGGCACGUGGUACAUGCGCGGUUCGUAACGUUUCGUCAGAAUGGCUCAACCACGAUGUUAUUCUCAUUCGUGGCAAGAUAUAUAAAACGAAAGAAAAAGCAAAAGAAAAUGAUUAAACAGAAAGAAGGCAAAAGAAAAAAAAAAAAAGAACGUUCGUGACAACGCACCGGCCGAUGUACGUUCGUUAAUUAAGUGCUCGUAAUCGGUUAGAUUAGCAUUUAAGCGAUCAUUACGCUGUUAUUACGAAACUAUGAUACUCGAUCGUCAUUACUACAUGCGCGUCCGCCCGCGCGCGUAACAUACCUAUAUGAAUUUUAAAAGUAUAUAUAUAUA